UCAAGUGGUCAGUGCCGCAAGUAUGUGUAUAUGGACAAGGCAUAAAUGAACAGAGUUGAUGUUUCGCCAUUUGUAACAACCAGGAAUAUUCUACAACAGGAAUAUCGGUGUGUUUUAGAGGAACCUUUAUAAAAGGUAAGUCGUGAAUUUAGAUACUUGACAGAAAAUGUGGAGGAGUUUUAUAUUGUUUCGUGUUGUCUGUGGUUUAUUUUAGCAUUUGUGUGAACAUACAAUAACAUUGUGUAUUUGAGUGAAGUCUCUUGAUCCUGUUUGAGGAAAAGCUGAAUUAUUGUGUUUGUACAAGAUCUUCCAUCCAGAGUCACUGUUGGAGAUCAGAUUCAGUUUCAACUGUUCAGAUUCAUCAUGGAUGACACACAAACAUCCAGAGAUGAAGAUUUUUCUCCAGAAUGCAGUUCAGUUCAUCAGAAGAGAUCAGAACCAGAGUCCAGCUGUGUGUCUAUGAGGAGUGAUGAGUCUCUGAAUCCACCAAUAUUGUUUAAGAGUGGAGAUACACAGACUGAUCUGAGCCAUGAAGUCCUCAACAGGUUUAGAUCAAAUCUGAUGAAGAAGUUUGAGUGUCUGUAUGAGGGAACAGCACAGCAGGGAAACCCAACACUCCUGAAUGAGAUCUACACAGAGCUCUACAUCACAGAGAGUGAGAGUGGAGAGAUCAGUAAUGAGCAUGAGGUGAGACAGAUUGAGACACAAUCCAGGAGAGCAGAAACAGAGGACACACCGAUCAAAUGCAAUGACAUCUUUAGGCCUUUACCUGGACAAGACAAACCCAUCAGAACUGUGCUGACAAAGGGAGUCGCUGGCAUUGGAAAAACAGUCUCUGUGCAGAAGUUCAUCCUGGACUGGGCUGAAGGGAAAGAGAAUCAGGACGUCCAGCUCAUAUUUCCACUUCCUUUCAGAGAGAUCAAUUUGAUGAAGGACAAAACACUCAGUCUUUCAGAUCUUCUUCAUGCCUUUUUCCCUGAAACAAAAGAAAUGGAAAUAUCCAGUGACAAAUAUAAAGUAUUGUUCAUCUUUGAUGGUCUGGACGAGUGUCGUCUGUCUCUGGAUUUUCAGAGCGAUGUGAGGUUGUGUGAUGUAAGUGAAUCAGCCUCAGUGGACGUGCUGCUGACGAACCUCAUUGUGGGGAAUCUGCUUCCCUCUGCUCUCAUCUGGAUCACCUCCAGACCAGCAGCAGCUGAUCUCGUCCCCUCUGAGUGUGUCCAUCGAGUGACAGAGGUACGAGGCUUCAAUGAGCCACAGAAGGAGGAAUACUUCAGGAAGAGAAUCAGUGAUCAGAGUCUGGCCAAUACAAUCAUCUCACACCUGAAGUCAUCAAGGAGCCUCGACAUCAUGUGCCACAUCCCAGUGUUCUGCUGGAUCUCAGCCGCUGUUCUAGAGAAGAUGUUGAGCGAAGCCGAGAGUGGAGAGAUUCCCAAGACUCUCACUCAAAUGUACACACACUUCCUGAUCCUUCAGACCAACAUCAAACAUGAGAAGGACUAUGAGAAGAACGUGACAGAUGAAGACAUGAUCCUCAAACUGGGGAAAGUGGCUUUUCAGCAGCUUGUGAAAGGCAAUGUGAUCUUCUAUGAGGAAGACCUGAGAGAGUGUGGCAUUGAUGUGACAGAAGCAUCAGUGUACUCAGGAUUGUGCACUCAGAUCUUCAGAGAGGAGUUUGGCUGGUAUCAGGGGAAAGUCUUCUGCUUUGUUCAUCUGAGCGUUCAGGAACAUCUAGCGGCUCUAUAUGUGCACCUCUCCUGUACAAACUACAACAGAAAUGUGUUUGACCAAAUCACCAAACAGAGUUUGCGGUCUAAAGUUAAGGACUUUUAUAAACACAAUUCAUCAAAACAUGUUUCAUUAUCUGAGCUGCAUCAGAGAGCUGUGAAUGAGGCCCUACAGAGUAAAAAUGGACAUCUGGACCUUUUCCUGAGGUUUCUUCUGGGUCUGUCAGUGGAGUCUCAUCAGAUUCUCCUUCAAGGACUAAUGAAACAGAGAAGAAGCAGAUCUGACAGCAGUGAGAAAACAGUUGAGUUCAUCAAGAAGAAGAUCAGGUCCAUUGACUCUCCAGAGAAAUUCAUCAAUCUGUUCCACUGUCUGAAUGAACUGGGUGAUCAUUCACUAGUGGAGGAAAUACAACAGUAUCUGAAAUCUGGAAGAAUAGAGGAAGCCAAACUCUCUUCAUCUCAGUGGUCAGCUGUAGUUUUUGUGUUGUUGACCUCAGAGAAGAAGCUGGAUGUGUUUGAUAUUAAUACAUUUGUUGGAGGAUACGAUAAAUCUAAAAAACUGAAGGUUUUUCUGAAGCUGCUGCCUGUGAUUAAAGAAUCCAGAUCAGUUCAGUUGAAUAAUUGUGGAGUCACAGAUGAAGGUUGUGCUGCUCUGACUUCAGCUCUGAGAUCAAACCCCUCACACCUGAGAGAUCUGAAUCUGUCAUGGAAUAAAAUAGGAAAUUCAGUGAAUCUGCUGUCUGAUGUACUACAGGAUCCUCACUGUAAACUGGAGAUACUGUGGUUGAGAUGUUGUGGAGUCACAGUUAAAGGUUGUGCUGCUCUGACUUCAGCUCUGAGAUCAAACCCCUCACACCUGAGAGAUCUGGAUCUGACAUGGAAUAAAAUAGGAAAAUCAGUGAAUCUGCUGUCUGAUGUACUACAGGAUCCUCACUGUAAACUGGAGAAACUGCGGUUGUAUAAUUGUGGAGUCACAGAUGAAGGUUGUGCUGCUCUGACUUCAGCUCUGAGAUCAAACCCCUCACACCUGAGAGAACUGAUUCUGACUGAGAAUAAAAUAGGAAAAUCAGUGAAUCUGCUGUCUGAUGUACUACAGGAUCCUCACUGUAAACUGGAGAUACUGUGUUUGAUGUGUUGUGGAGUCACAGAUGAAGGUUGUGCUGCUCUGACUUCAGCUCUGAGAUCAAACCCCUCACACCUGAGAGAACUGGAUUUAUCUAGGAAUAAAAUAGGAAAAUCAGUGAAUCGGCUGUCUGAUGUACUACAGGAUCCUCACUGUAAACUGGAGAAACUGUGGUUGAGUGAUUGUGGAGUCACAGAUGAAGGUUGUGCUGCUCUGACUUCAGCUCUGAGAUCAAACCCCUCACACCUGAGAUUACUGGAUCUGAUUGGGAAUAAAAUAGGAGAUUCAGGAUGUGAACUGCUCACUGCUCUGAAAAAAUCUCCACAUUGUAAACUAGAGACACUGCAGUAUUGAGGAAAUUCCCAUUUCCAUUCAAAUAUCCGCUCUGAGUCCGGCUCCACACACUCUCCUCACUGACACUCUCUUCUUUCUCCACUGUAACUUGAGAAAUUCACCACAGUGUUUAUAAACUCCUCUGAUCUGAAUCACGCAGCAGAAACCACAGGGUCCUGAAGCAGAGAGCUCAGAGAGCUGACAGAGAGACACCGUUUGUGUUUCUUGUUAUACAUACUCAAUACAGAUUGAUAGAUUAAUAAUUAUAGCUUUUUUAAGACAGGGUUUCAUAAAUGUUAAUGAUGACUGUACAGUAUGUGAGUUAUACACUAACUCUGUUAACUUGUAUAUAUGUAUGUAUAAAAUACUGUAUAACUGUAUAAAUAACAUACAUUUCUGACUGCACUGUAUUAAAGUCUCUCACUCACAUAAAAUGACACUAUUGUCACUUUAAAACUA